GCCUGCCAGGAUGUCGAGUAAUGUCCUGUGGGCGCGGUCCACGCCGUGUUUAAUGCGCUGUUCUACCUGCGUUCGCUGGUUGUCCGGAGAUGCUUCAAGGGCGGUUACCUGGAACGCUGUCUCGACAGCCCUGCGUCCCUUCUACUUCAUCGUGCAUCCCGACAUGUUCUGGAAUCAUCCCGCUGAAAAACAGACGAACGAGAACUCCCUGAAACAACUCAACGCUUACAUCGAAUCCCUGUUGCAGAAGCAGACGGCGAGGCCAUUGAACCUAAACUUCUAUCUGCGUGAUACAAAACCCGCGACCUUGCCUCAGCAGCCGUUCAAGAACGUACAGAUCAAGCUCGCUAGUCAAAACGUCCACGCUACCGUGCAUAACGUCCUAACGUCGUGCAGCCUUCCUACUGAUAACCUUGAUUCGCUUAAUCCGAAACCGCAAUCGAAAUCAGCCAGUGGCAGGCCGGAGCACAGGCAGUCACCGACGUCUGCAAGAUACGAAUACGAGCCUCCCGUGAACGAUGACUUCUUUUCACGUCACGAAUGGACGGUGGAUGGCCGACCCGUUUAUAAUCUGGAGAGGUUCUUGCGCGAAAACAUCAACACCGCUCGCGAACGUUCGGCUGCGAGCGGCCCCGCUCGGGAAGAAGCGUUUCGCCUAUCCAAGGAGACGGUUGCCGAGCUGAGCCUCGAGGACCUUCGCUGGGAGUGUGACUGGGGAUCGGGUCACUACCGCGGAUCUCUCGAGAGCUUCCGGCGACUGUGCCAACAGCACCCCGAAGUGGCUGCCAGCAUACGCGGCCGCACGCUGAUACUUGGCAGAACAACGGGCGUCUCGCUCGACGGCCACAUCGUGCUGAGCAUCGAGGACGUGCGCCACAGUUGGCUGUCGCUGCUACGUUCGCUGGCCCGCUACGACGCUUACGUGAGGCUGGUGCCACCCGCCGAGCGCGCUCUGUCGGAGGCGUUACGCGGGAUUUGUGUCGAACACCGCAGGUUCAAGCCGGCUGUGGCAGCUAAGGCGUAUUUGCAGCAGCUGAGCAAGCUAACUAUGGCGCUGCAGAGACACAUCUGGAUCAAGGGCCUCCCUGGCGAUUGGCCAGCACGUCUCACAGAUCACCAGUUGGGUGUCGAGUGUGAAGCAGGCCCUCUAAUGCUGUCCCCUACGGGACAGUUCUUGGCUCCGGCCUCCUGCCCACCAGCGCUCCUCGUGGAUUUUAUUGGCUCACGGUUGUUUACGGCAGAACAGAGACGUCUCCUUUACAUGAGCCAGCGGCGCACCGAAACACUACUGCAUCAGCUGUGUGUCGAAACACUAAAUCUGGAGUCGCUUUCGAAAGAAGAUGAUGUUACGCCAGAUCGGAUGACGCUUUGCUGCGAGCGGCUCCUCAGGGCAGCCUUUUGGCUAGAACCAUUGCUAAGUGGCUGCCGUCUCCACGUGUCCCACUACUGCAGUGUCCUUCAAGACGGCCUCAUCUGCCUACCCUGGGACUGGCAUGAGUAGUGGGAAUGGCCUCUGCUAAGCACCAUUCAAUAGACUGCAGCCUAGAAACAUGUCACAACAAAAGCCAUAGGAGUGUGGAUGACACUGCAAGCUGUCAUGAAUGAUUGUUCUUGCUUGAAACCAUGGCGUAAACACUCCAUAUUUGGAAGUGAAAAGAAGCAUGUCUUGUAUCAAGUGCUUUCAAGCGUAGUUCUAGGUUUUAAUAGGUUGUGCAUGUGCUGGCUGUGUAAGUGUGGCAAUGGUUAAUUUCUAAUUAUGUUGUACAAACACGCCAGAUAUAAUUGAGUAUCUGCAGGGUAGCAGGGAUUGAAAAAAAUGUCCCUUAUGCUUUUCUGGGUUUCAUAUGAUUGCAGCUGCGAAGAGCUACAUAAGGAAAUGAUGUCUAUAAAACUCAGCCGUACUAUGUGUACUAUGCACGAUAGCAAGCAGUCAGGACAGGCAGUUAUCCAGUGUCAGGAGUGCACUUAACUGGGCUGGUUGGUACAUGAUUAACAAGAGAGCAAACAGCGCAAAACACGGGACGGAGAAGAACGACAGACACAAGCGCUUAACUAACAACCACUGGUUUAUUGCUUGGGUAUGCAAUAUAUACGGAAGCACUGCACAGAAGAACAACAAGAACACAGUAACUGCGCAAUGCGCAAAGAGGGUUGAGUUGAGAAGUCAUCAUAAUAGAUGCGUCGGCAGAACAGGCUGUCAUGUUUUGGACAAGUAAUUGAAUUCGCAGUUGUGUAGAUAAAUUGAAGGAACAAUCCUAUCCUUCAUGUCAGCGCACUCUAAACCUGUUAAGAGGGGUAUUGCCGUCGCCUGCCUAAAAGCGUCUCUGACCCGCUCGUGCCACCACCAGGUAGUGGGUAGCUUCGAGCACCAGCUGCAACGUCUCAGCCAUGCUGGUUAUCCCCAGGAGCUGCUGGAGUGUGUUGCCGAGAGGCUUUUGGUGAGCUUGACAAGGGGAGGGUCAGCACACGACAAAGAGGAUCAAAGGCCUCGUGCAGGUACGGUGGUUAUACCUUAUGUUCACGAGGUAUCGCACAGGCUGAAAAAGGUUGCUGGUAAGAUUGGUGUACGCGUUGUAUUUAGUGCAAAAAACAAACAUGCGGCACUGUGCCGAAAAGUGAACAAAGGGGUCAAGAAAGAUACCUGUGAGAAAAAGCACAGAAAGCACUUUUUUGAAUGUAGGAAAGCUGUAGUGUACAAGAUUCCAUUUACGUGCGGAAGAUGCUACAUCGGCCAAACCGGCCGAUACUUGAACGACCGGUUACGAGAGCAUGCGUACUCACUUAACGGAUCAGUGCCCAGUCAUUUAGCCCAGCACUGCAAAGCAUGUGGCUGUCAGCCAAUUCUUGAGCGGUGCACCAUUUUGGAAGCGCACAAUCAGCAAAGAACACGAGAGGUUAGUGAAGCGCGCCAUAUUCAUGCACACGGAAAUGCGUCCGUCAGUGUUCCUUCAAUUUAUCUACAUAACUGCGAACUCAAUUACUUGUCCAGAACAUGACAGCCCGUUCUGCCGACGCAUCUAUUAUGAUGACUUCUCAACCCUCUUUGCGCAUUGCGCAGUUACUGUGUUUUUGUUGUUAUUCUGUGCAGUGCUUCCGUAUAUAUUGCAUAUCCAAGCAAUAAACCAGUGGUUGUUAGUUCAGCGCUUGUGUCCGUCGUUCUUCUUCUCCGUCCCGUGUUUAGCGCCGUUUGCUCUCUUGUUAAUCCAGUGUCAGCUUUUUUUAGGGGGAAAAGUUUGCACCUCUGCUCAGCAAGUUGUUAAUAACUACAUGUAUUAAUCCAGUUUACUUGCAGCAUGUCCCCAUUGUGAUGCACUCAGGAUUUAUAAAUGCAACUUUCAUUAACACAUACAUGGUUAGAGAGAAAAAAUGGGAAGGGAAUCCAUUUAACCUUCCGAUUGGUAAUCCAGCAAAAAAACCUGCUUGGCAUGAAAGCUUGUUUUCGCACAAGUUUUUGUGCACAAAUGGAGCUGCAGUGAAAUGUAACUAAACAUUGCUCACAGCUCUGUGUGAUAUGCAGGACUUUAGCAGUACUACAGUUGAUGCUCAGAAAACUGUAAACAAAGGCAAACAUUUUAUUUAUUAAAGUACAUGUUUUACAAGUGUGAAAAUGCACGCGUGUUGGAUGAUAUGCACGAGAAAUAUACACAAAUAAAAGAUCCUUUUGGAUAGAUGCA